CCAGUUUAUAUAUAUACGCACAGGAAUUUGGUAUUAAGGAAGACUGAGAAAUGUUACACUUAUUUUAUUUACUUAAUGGUGAAUUUGAUAGUUUUGUUUCCAUCUUGGAUAACACCUAAAUUCCUCAGCUGUCUGGCAUUAAUGUCAUUUUGGGGGGCGGGGUUACGGCUGCUGGUCAUCGUUUGAAGUUGCUUGAAAUUAAGUCUGAGAAUAUAUGCUUGAAGCAAAUUCAUUUUCCUGUUUGUAUUCUCUUUCCCUUAUUUAUCAAUUGAUUUUACGAGUGUUUAUGGGAUUUGAGUUUGAGUAAUUGGUUUUGAAUAAACUUGGGGUUUGUUUUAUUUACUGUAUUUUACGAACUACAGGUUGCAUUCUCUUUCCAUUAUUUAUCGUUUGAUUUUAUGUGUUUAUGGGAUUUGAGUUUGAGUAAUUGGUUUUGAUUAACCUUGGGUUUGUUUUAACUUUUGAAUUAUACGGACUACAAGUUGGAGCAGACAGACUUGCUGAGGAGACUGUUGGUGGUGAGGAUGGAUCCUCUAUAGUCAAAAGGAAUAAUUCACAGCAAAGGUCACUGGGUAGUGUUCCAAAGAACUCCGAGUAUAAACCCAAAUUAGGUAGCAGAAACCGGCAGGAGUGGCAUUCACAUGGUGGCAAAGAUGGUUUUGCAAAUAUAGUGAGGUCUCAACAAGGAAUAAAUUCACCAGAGAGUGUAGGCAGUAGAUCAAAACAAUUCAAGUGCAUGGGUACUCCAGAUUCAGCCUAUAAACAGGAUUUUCCUCAAUUGUCUGGGCGGUCUGAUUCUGAGGACUUGGAUGCAGGGAGAAUUCAGAGUGGGAAAAUCUUAAGUGUCAGUUUGGAGGUGAACAUGGAAUUCAAGUUGAAAAUUUCUGUACAUCAGGAUGAGACUCAGGUCCUUUCUGUAUCUGCUAAAAAAUAUGAGCCUUCUUCAAGCAAGGAUCCAAAAAGUUCUGCAGGCCAUAAAAAUUUAGAGCAUUCUGAGCACUUUGCAAUGCUUGACUCUCUUGAUCUCUGCCCAACCAAAUCUGAGAAAACUGUUAUGCUCAAACCUCUUUUACUAGUACAGAAUAUAGAAAGGCGGAAUGAAAUCAAGUCCUCCUUGGAGGGGCAAAAUGGAAUUGUGUUGAGGGCUGGGAUGGACCUUCUAAAGAGUUACAUAUCAUUCAGUGAUCAGGUCAAAAUAGUAAAUAAAUUCCGAGACCUUGGUCUGGGUCCUGGAGGUUUCUACCAAACAGGUUACCGUGAUGGAGCAAAACUGCGAUGGAAGAUGUACCUCGGUAAAAAUUGGGACCCUGAGACAGGUAACUAUGGAGACCUCGGUAAAAAUUGGGACCCUGAGACAGGUAACUAUGGAGAUCACCGUCCAGUUGAUGAGGCUAAACCACCCACUAUACCUGCUGAAUUCUAUCAGUUGGUCAAAAAAUCAAUUGAAGAUUCCCAUUCCCUUAUUCAGAAAAAUUCCAAAUCAAGCAAUGUAGAAAGCAUACUUCCCUGGAUGUCACCAAACAUUUGUCUUGUAAAUUAUUACUCUGAAAAUGGUCGACUUCGUCUCCAUCAGGAUCGUUGUGAAAGCCAAGAAAGUCUUGCUAAAGGUUUACCUGUGGUCUCUUUUUCAAUUGGUGACAAGGCAGACUUCUUAUACGGUGAUAAGAGGGAUGUUGACAAGGCAGAGAAGGUUGUGUUGGAAUCCGGAGAUGUUCUUAUAUUUGGUGGAAAAUCUAGGCAUAUUUUUCAUGGUGUUACAGCCAUUCACCCAAACAGUGCACCAAAGUCCUUGCUUGAAGAAACAAAACUCCGGCCUGGCUGGUUGAAUCUUACUUUCAGACAGUAUUGAAAACCUUGGUAUAUAUUUGGAACUCCCUCAAAGUGAUUAAGAAAGUUUCUUGAAGCAGAGAGGUACAUGAUAGUUUUGUUGAUGUAAUAACCGUUUAUGUAGAUAUUCUGG